UUAUGUAUAUCAAGUUUUAGUACAUAUUGUCCCCCAAUUGUCUGAUACCAUAGGAGUAACAUUAUUUGAUCCUUUGUGGAUAACUACCCGUAACGUUGUUUUUGAACAAAUGAUUAAUGAAAAAGUGUGGACUGUAUUGAGUGAAGUGUUGAGUAGACUAUACUGUAGUGUAUUAUUAAUAGAAUGUAUUAUUGUAUUGAAUAGUAUUGUAGAGUGAAUACAGGGAAUGCAAUAUAAAGUAAAUCAGUUUAAAGUAAAAGAUAUUUGGAUUGUAUUUGUCAUCAAUUGGUCUGAAUUGACAACAAAUACCAAACCAUUGAUCAUAUAAUAUAUGGUAUGAAGACUACAGAUAUCACCAAAAAAUUAAUUCUUAAUUCAAGUGAUUAAACCAAUUGAUACAGUGAUCACAUCUAUUGCUACAAAACUAUCGACAAAUGGGUUACGAUUUGAUCAGAUUUGAGACCGAAGUGGACGACGAACUCAAAUGUCCAAUCUGUUGUUCAGUUCUUGAAGAUGCAGUUCAGGCACCCGAUUGUGAGCAUACCUUUUGUAACGAUUGUAUCAAUGAAUGGCUUCAAAGACAAAACAAUUGUCCCGUCGAUAGACAGCCACUCAACUCAACAAACCUGAAACCUGCGCCACGGGUUUUACGUAACUUUUUGGCCAAAUUGGACAUCAAAUGUGAAUAUGCAUCGUUUGGGUGCAAAUCAGUGGUAAAAUUAGAGUUAUUGCAAACUCAUUGCAAUGAAUGUGAUUUCAAUCCAUAUAAACCAAUCAUCUGCGAGAAGGGCUGUGGACUCAUUUUGCUUAGAAAUCAAGUCGAAGAACACAACUGUUUGUCUGAUUUGCGUGAAUUGGUUAACAGCCAACAGAAACAAAUCAAUGAAUUAAAGAGUUGUAAACGUAUUCAUGAGGAACAGAUCAGUGAACUGAAGAAUACAAAGAAAACACAUGAAGAAAGUAUUAGUGAUCACGAAAGACAAUUCAUUCAACUUAAUGAUCAAAUCAAUCGAUUGCAACACACCUUAGAGCAGAUCCAGAAACAGAUUGACAUUAACGAUGAUGACGACGAUGAUUGUCAUUUGUCCAAAGGUCAUGGCAUUGGAAGAAAGAGACCGACGACCACCUCAUGGAAAGACAUACCCAGUAAAAGAACGAAAGAUAUGUGUGAUCAACACUUCCAUCAUUUGCAUCAAUAUCCUCAUUCACCUCAUCCUCAUUGUUCUUCAUCUUCUUUGUCAACUGUUUGUGCCGCCUCUCAAACAAGUGAAGGCAAGACACUAAACAUCACAUUUUAUGGAACUGUCAUUAGUUUGGAUGUGCUUUCAUAUGACACUAUAGAAAGUGUAAAAACAAAGAUAAGUUCGAAGGAAGACAUUCCUAUCGACCAUCAGUUGCUGUUCUUUGCUGGACUACAACUUGAAGAUCAUAAGACUUUAAGUUAUUAUAACGUACACACAGAAUCUCUCAGACAUCUGGUUCUUAGACUUAGAGAUGGUAUGAAGAUAUUUGUCAAAACAUUGUCGAAUAAGACAAUUGAAGUACAAGUCGAUCCAAGUGAGACCAUCGAAAUAGUAAAGGUUAAGAUUCAUGAACAGGAGGGUAUCUCACCAUGUGAUCAACGAUUGCUUAUGGAUGGCAGAGAUUUGGCUGAUUUACGUACAUUAAGUGAUUACGGCAUCAAACAUAACGCAACACUACAGCUAGACCUUCAUUUGGGAGGUCCGUGUCCUAUAUGUCAGUCACAAUUCAAGAGUGGUACGAGUGCUAACAGUCCUAUUAGUGUUAGUGGACCGCAAUCGCAUAGAAGUACAGCAAGUGAUGACUAACUUUGAUUGAUAAUGUUUUGAAGAUAACGUUUAUUUAAUUAUAAUAUCAUUGAAACUGUUGUCAGCAAAACACAUCAUCUAUACGUUUCUAAUCAAUAUUUUCACUUUGUAUUCAGGUAUCCAUAGAUAUAUCAUUUUUUAUAAUUUUUAUGAAU